GGGGCUGACCCAGCUGCAGCUGGCCUUGUCGCAGGCCCUGGGCCCCUCACCGGCCGGGGGCUGCCCCUUGGGGGCUCUGCCUCUGCCCACCAGGGCGCAGGAGGCAGGGCCAUGGGCUCCCAGAGGAAGGCGAGCAGCUCCUUCAAGCGGGGCUCGCUCAAGAGCUCCACGUCGGGGUCGCAGAAGGGACAGAAAGCUUGGAUAGAAAAAACCUUUUGCAAACAGGAAUGUGUCUUCAUCAUUCCCAGCACUAAAGACCCUAACAGGUGUUGCUGCGGCCAGCUCACCAACCAGCACACUCCACCUCUGCCCAGUGUGACAUCCGGCAAAAACGGGGAGGAACACAAAGAGGGGGAGACGCAGCCUGAGAAAUGGUCUGUGGGCAAACACACCCAGAGCUCCCCCACCGACGCCUACGGGACCCUCGAGUUCCAGGGUGGGGGGUACUGCACUAAAGCCAUGUAUAUUCGCGUGUCCUAUGACACGAAGCCAGAUUCGCUGCUCCAUCUCAUGGUGAAAGACUGGCAGCUCGAACUCCCCAAGCUCUUGAUAUCUGUGCACGGGGGCCUCCGGAACUUUGAGAUGCAGCCCAAGCUGAAGCAGGUCUUCGGGAAAGGCCUGAUCAAGGCCGCCAUGACCACCGGUGCCUGGAUCUUCACCGGGGGCAUCAGCACCGGUGUCAUCAGCCACGUCGGGGACGCCUUGAAAGACCACUCCUCCAAGUCCAGAGGCCGGGUCUGUGCCAUCGGGAUCGCCCCGUGGGGCAUCGUGGAGAAUAAGGAGGACCUGAUUGGAAAGGACGUGACGAGAGUGUACCAGACCAUGUCCAACCCUCUGAGCAAGCUGUCUGUGCUCAACAACUCCCACACGCACUUCGUCCUGGCCGACAACGGCACCCGGGGCAAGUACGGCGCCGAGGUGAAGCUCCGGAGGCAACUGGAAAAGCACAUCUCUCUGCAGAAGAUCAACACAAGACUGGGCCAGGGUGUGCCCGUCGUGGGCCUCGUGGUGGAAGGGGGCCCCAACGUCUUCGCCAUCGUCCUGGAGUACCUCCGAGAGGAGCCUCCCGUCCCCGUGGUGGUUUGUGACGGCAGCGGACGUGCCUCGGACAUUCUGUCUUUCGCGCACAAAUACUGUGAGGAAGGAGGGACCAUAAACGAAUCCCUCCGGGACCAGCUCCUGGUCACCAUUCAGAAAACAUUUAAUUACAGCAAGACGCAGUCCCAUCAGCUGCUUGGGAUGAUAAUGGAAUGCAUGAAGAAGAGGGAGCUCGUCACCGUGUUCAGGAUGGGAGCUGAGGGGCAGCAGGACAUGGAGAUGGCGAUCUUAACCGCCCUGCUGAAAGGAACGAACGCAUCGGCUCCGGACCAGCUGAGCUUGGCGCUGGCCUGGAACCGCGUCGACAUAGCGCGAAGCCAGAUCUUUGUCUUCGGGCCCCACUGGCCGCCCCUGGGGAGCCUGGCCCCCCCGACGGACAGCAAGGUCACGGAGAGGGAGAAGAAGCCACCCACAGCCACCACCAAGGGGGGCAGAGGGAAAGGAAAAGGCAAGAAGAAAGGGAAAGCGAAGGAGGAGGUGGAGGAAGAAACUGACCCCCGGAAGCUCGAGCUGCUGAACUGGGUGAACGCGCUGGAACAAGCCAUGUUGGACGCCUUGGUCCUAGACCGCGUGGACUUCGUGAAGCUCCUGAUUGAAAAUGGGGUCAACAUGCAGCACUUCCUUACCAUCCCGAGGCUGGAAGAGCUUUACAACACGAGGCUGGGUCCACCGAACACUCUUCACUUGCUGGUCAGGGACGUAAAAAAGGGCAACCUGCCGCCCGAUUACCACAUCAGCCUCAUAGACAUAGGGCUGGUGCUGGAACACCUCAUGGGAGGCGCCUACCGCUGCAACUACACCCGCAAGAGCUUCCGGACCCUUUACAACGACUUGUUUGGACCUAAGAGGCCGAAAGCCCUGAAACUCCUGGGGAUGGAAGACGACGAGCCUCCAGCCAAAGGGAAGAAAAAGAAGAAGAAGAAAAAGGAGGAGGAGAUCGACAUCGAUGUGGACGACCCGGCGGUGAGCCGCUUCCAGUACCCGUUCCACGAGCUGAUGGUGUGGGCCGUGCUGAUGAAGCGCCAGAGGAUGGCCGUGUUCCUGUGGCAGCGCGGCGAGGAGAGCAUGGCCAAGGCCCUGGUGGCCUGCAAGCUCUACAAGGCCAUGGCCCACGAGUCCUCCGAGAGCGAGCUGGUGGAUGACAUCUCCCAGGACCUGGACAACAACUCCAAAGACUUCGGCCAGCUGGCGGUGGAGCUGCUAGACCAGUCCUACAAGCACGACGAGCAGAUGGCCAUGAAACUGCUCACCUAUGAGCUGAAGAACUGGAGCAACUCGACCUGCCUCAAACUGGCCGUCGCAGCCAAACACCGUGACUUCAUUGCUCACACCUGCAGCCAGAUGCUGCUGACCGACAUGUGGAUGGGGAGGUUGCGGAUGAGGAAGAACCCCGGCCUCAAGGUUAUAAUGGGAAUUCUUCUCCCCCCCACCAUCUUGUUUUUGGAAUUUCGCACCUAUGAUGACUUCUCUUAUCAAACAUCCAAGGAAAACGAAGAUGGCAAAGAAAAAGAAGAAGAGACUAUGGAUGCAAAUGCAGACACUGGCUCAAGAAAGGGGGACGAGGAGAAUGAGCACAAAAAGCACAGAAGUAUCCCCAUUGGGAUGAAGAUCUGUGAAUUCUACAACGCUCCCAUCGUCAAGUUCUGGUUUUACACAAUCUCGUACCUGGGCUACCUGCUGCUGUUCAACUACGUCAUCCUGGUGCGCAUGGACCGCUGGCCCUGCCUGCAGGAGUGGAUCGUCAUCUCCUACAUCCUGACCCUGGCGCUGGAGAAGAUCCGAGAGAUCCUCAUGUCAGAACCAGGCAAACUCAGCCAGAAAGUGAAAGUCUGGCUUCAGGAGUACUGGAACAUCACCGAUCUCGUGGCCAUCUCCACGUUCCUGAUUGGAGCAAUCCUGCGCCUGCAGAAGGAGCCGUACAUGGGCUACGGCCGCGUCAUCUACUGCGUGGACAUCAUCUUCUGGUACAUCCGCGUCCUAGACAUCUUCGGUGUCAACAAGUACCUGGGGCCCUACGUGAUGAUGAUCGGAAAGAUGAUGAUUGACAUGCUGUAUUUCGUGGUCAUCAUGCUGGUGGUGCUGAUGAGCUUCGGAGUAGCCCGUCAAGCCAUCUUGCACCCAGAUGAGGAGCCUUCUUGGAGAUUGGCCCGAAACAUCUUCUACAUGCCCUACUGGAUGAUCUACGGAGAGGUGUUUGCAGACCAGAUAGACCUCUACGCCAUGGAAAUUAACCCUCCGUGUGGGGACAACCAGUACGACGAGGAGGGCAAGCGACUCCCUCCCUGCAUCCCGGGCGCCUGGCUGACCCCGGCCAUCAUGGCGUGCUACCUACUGGUAGCCAACAUCUUGCUGGUCAACCUGCUCAUCGCAGUUUUCAACAACACCUUCUUUGAAGUCAAGUCAAUAUCCAACCAAGUGUGGAAAUUCCAGCGGUACCAGCUGAUCAUGACAUUUCACGACCGGCCGGUCCUGCCCCCACCCAUGAUCAUUUUAAACCACAUCUACAUAAUUGCCAUGCGCCUCAGCGGCCGCUGCAGGAAGAAAAGAGACGGGGACCACGAGGAACAGGAUCGAGGACUGAAGCUGUUUCUCAGCGAGGAGGAGCUGCGCAGGCUGCACGAGUUCGAGGAGCAGUGUGUGCAGGAGCACUUCCAGGAGAAGGAGGACGAGCAGCAGUCGUCCAGCGAGGAGCGCAUCCGCGUCACCUGCGAGAGAGUUGAAAAUAUGUCAAUGAGGCUGGAGGAGAUCAAUGAAAGAGAAAGUUUCAUGAAAACGUCCCUACAGACUGUGGACCUGCGUCUCUCUCAGCUGGAAGAAUUAUCUAGCAGGAUGGUGAAUGCCCUGGAGAAUCUCGCAGGGAUUGACAAGUCUGAGCUCAUGCAGACGCGGUCGCGAGCCUCCUCCGAAUGCGAUGUCACCUACCUCCGGCGGCAAAGCAGUAUCAACAGUUCUGACUGCUGCAGCCUGUACCGGUACCAUUUCAACGCAGAGGAGCUGUGUGAAGACACCUCUGUCUCCAUGCCACUGGGGACAGCAUUCAGGAGAAGAGCCUGCUCCUUCCGUGUGAAGGAAGAAAAGGACCCCAAAAUGCACCUGAUACCAGAGCGGCAGGCCAGCCUUCACCUCGCACCCAGCACAAGCGUCCUAGCGACGCCAGGGGACAGCCGACUCCCAUUAGACAAUGGAAAGCAUGCUUCAGAGCCAAAAUUAGGCCCAGAGAUUGGGAUUUCAGCUGAAGGUGAUAAAAGGCAGGCCGACUCUAACAGAGCGGAAACUAUAUCCGCAAGUUUAAAUCAAAGAGAUGCCACACCUGGACAGAAGAAAUCAGAUUUUCAAAACGCGCAGCUAACAGUGGGAACCAGAAAGAUAGAAGGCGCUAUUUCCUGUCCUCUGGAAGGAACAAAACUGACACGCUAUUACCCGGAUGAAGCACACAAUGCCUUUCAGACCAUAAAGUCUAGAAGUUUUGUAUAUUCCCACAGAAAAAAGCUGGUCAGUGGGGUUAAUAACCGGAGUGCAGAGUACGGUUCGAUCCUGGGUCAAGCUUGUCCCCCAACAGCGCAGCAAUGGACGACAGAAUGGAGAUACCAGGUUCAGAAGAUCACGCGUUCUCGCAGCACUGACAUCCCCUACGCGGUGUCAGAAGCCGCCACGCAGGCGGAGCAGAAAGACCAACGGGCAGACACCGCCGAUGAGAACUGUGCUUCUAACACUGCCCCUCGGGUCUCUCAUUUGUCGCUAGCAGUUACUGAGAGAUCUGAAAAGGAGAACUUACUGACUGUGAAACCAGACCACACUUUGGGGUUCCCGUCUUUAAGGUCAAAAAGUUUACACGGCCACCCUAGGAAUGCUACAGCUGGUCAGGGCAGAUUAGACAGAUCUGGACAUGCCAGCAGCAUAAGUAACCUGGAAGUCAUGUCCGGAAUUAAAACGGAGGAGCAGAAGGUUAAGCGAGAGAAAACUUCCAGGGAAACGGAUUGCUAA